AUGAGUUGUGAAAAGGUGCAAAAUGUGCCCAUAUGUGCCUGCAGAAACGCGAGUCUCUACACCGCGCAUGUUGAUGAUGUCAAUUCUAAUUGGGGAAGGAAAGGUCGACGUUUGCCAGCUCAUCCUGCCGCUGACCAGCGCUACUCCCUUGCGGAUCACAAACACUCUGCGUCCCCAUUGGGACGCAACAAAACUCCUCGUACUCCAAAAUCUAAUGUUUCAUCCUCAGGUUUUUCCAAUGGCACACACGGCCAGCGUUCUCCUGCAGUGUGCGCUGUUUGCCUUGGGAGAAACCAACACUUAUUCAUCGAAUGUUCUGCCGAACAUCUCUGGGACAACGUCCAUGCCACCGUCAGCAAACGGGUCAACAAACAGCUCCUGGUACGAUCCUCAGACAAACCCCUUUGCGUCAACUGGCAACGGGGAUGUGGUUGCACCAAUUGUUCCCACGAUGAAUGA